AUGGAUGUCGGAGGUGUAGAGAGAGAAGAGUCAAAAUUUAAGCUUAAACUUUGGCCAAAGUCGGAAAAGAUGGCUUGUAACGAAACUCGUCCCAUAUGCGGCAACUGUGGAAGACAUGGGGUGCCCUGCGUGUACAACAAUUCCCCGUCGACUUCUGCUCGACAGCCAAGCCCAAACGAGCGUUCAUUUCCACCUCCCAAGUCCAAGGAUCUUGAUCUCCUCGCAGACUACCGACCAACUCUUUUCAUACCUCCGCCAAAUGACCCCAAUGUGCAGUACUUGCUGUCAAGUAUGGAUAGCGACGAUGAGAAAUGGGAAAUCCCUGAAGGCAAACCAAGAAGAAGACUUGAGCUCCGUUUACAACAAAACUUCAUCGAAAGAACCAGCCAAACACUUUCUGGAUGCCAGAAUGCUCCGGUUAGAGAGGUAUGGGCAGUGGAGGUUCCGAAACUCGCGUUCUCCAAUGACAACGUCCUCUAUGGGAUGCUUGCCCUAUCAGCCUUGCACCUUCUCAAAUCCGAGCCUGAGAAUCAGGAAUUGCGUCUUGCUCGACAGGCAUAUAAAGGACUUGCAUUGCGAGAACAUCGACGAGCAAUUCCGGGACUUAGCUCCGAUACAGCUGAUGCGGUCUGCUAUGCGUCGACAUUGGUAAUGACAGAUGCCUUCGCGCGCUUGCAAGAUCGACCUCUUGAUCCUUGGACACCGCCGAUGGAAUGGAUACAGAUGGCGAGAGGAUCAGGUUCGGUCUUCGGGGCUGCAUUUGAUCAAAUCAACAACAUUCGCACAGCCAAGAUCAUGCCUGUUGUUGACGCAGAACCGCAACUGACAGAUGCCACAGUCCUCUUUGCGGAAAGCAACCGCCGUGGCCUCGAGCAUUUGUUGAGACAAGACUUGUCCAACGAAAGAUGGGACCACGAUACCCAAUACGCAUACCAGAGAGCCCUGAAUUACAUUGGCGGUGUUGAAAAAGCUGUUGAGAGAGGUGAACAUCCUUUGGGAACUUGUAGAAGAAUGAUGGCUUUCGCAUUGCUCGGUCCGAAGCAAUUCUAUCUGUUCGUUGAAGAAUAUCGUCCGAGAGCGCUAGUCAUUCUAGCUCACUACUUCGCCAUCUAUUCGAAAAUGGAAGACCUAUGGUGGAUUGGAAACGUUGCUCGAAGAGAGAUACAAGGGAUUCAGCGAGUGUUGCCAGCAGAAUGGCAGGGACUGAUGAGGGCACCGCUGGCUUCUGUCGGACUGUUGGCACCAUGA